AUGUACGUCUGUCGGACACAGAGCCGCCAGCGGCGCCGCGGCAGCUGCGGCUGGGCGGCGUGGGCGCGCGCUGGGUGCGCCUGCUGUGGGCCGCGCCCCCCGCGCCCCCCGCGCCCCCGCGCCCCCACGCUCGUGUACACCGCGCUCUAUGCCCCGCUGCGGUCGCCGGCCGCCGCCACCGCCGCCAACCUCACGGUGCACGCCGACCACCGACUAGACAGCGAAGACAUAUUGUCAGCGACGCUCGAGGGCCUCAGGCCAGCGGGCGCGUACACUCUGCGGCUGACUUCAGCCAACCACGUGGGGCAAUCUCCGCACUCCGACCCCUUAAUGUUCACUACACUCGAGGAAGCUCCGACUGGCUCCCCGCAGAACGUCAGAGUGAGAGCGUCCACACCGGGGGAGCUGCACGUCUCGUGGUCGGCACCGUCGCAAGACAGCUGGAACGGUGAGCUGCUGGGCUACGUGGUGUCGUGGCGCGAGCUCGGCGGUGACGGCGAGAUGGGGGACGAGGACGGGGGCGCGGGGGGCGCGGGCACCGCGGCAGUGCGCGGCUGGAGCAGUGCGGAGCUGACGGUGGCGGGGCUGCGCUCGUUCACUCGGUACGCGUUGACCGCGCGCGCGUACAACCGCGCCGGUGCCGGCCCGCACUCGCCCACUCUGUACGCUACUACCGCCGACGGAGUGCCGGAGGUGGGGCCGCGCGGCGUGGCGUGCGAGGCGCUGUCGGCGCGUUCGCUGCGCGUGCGCUGGGCGCCGCUGCCCGCUUCGCAUGCGCACGCGCUGCGUGGGUACGACCUGCACUACGCACCGCUGCACGCAGCCUCCGUGGGCGGCGCGGCGCGCGCGGGCCCGGGCGGCGCGGCCACCCUGCAGGGGCUGCGCGCCGCCACCAACUACUCCGUGUGGGUGCGCGCGCGCACCGACGCCGGCGCCGGCCCGCCCGCCGCGCCCGUCUACUGCGCCACGCGUGACGACGUUCCCGAGGCCAUAGAGCAAGUGCGAGCGCUGGCGGCGGGCGCCGGAGCAGUGCGCGUGAGUUGGCUGGCGCCCGCCGGGGCCGGCCGGCUCUCGCACUACACGCUGUACACCAGGGAACGCGCCAAAGUGGGUGGCGAGUGGGCGCAGCGUGUCGACGUCGCGGCGGAGGACGGCGAGGCGCAGGGCGCGCCGCAGGAGGUGUGGCGCGAGGUGCGCGGGCUGCGCGAGAGCACGGUGUACGAGUUCUGGCUGCGCGCCGCCAACGCGGCCGGCGUCGGCCCGCCCAGCCGCACCGCCGCCGCCGCGCCCGCCCCCGCGCUAUCAGCCAGGAUCUCGUCGUUAAGUCGCGUGGUGUGGGCGGCGCGGGGCUCGCGCGUGCGCCUGCGCUGCUCCGCCCUGGGCGCGCCGCCGCUGCACUGGCACUGGGCGCCGCUACCGACCCACUCCACUGUCUCCGACGAUGGGGAUCUCAUCAUUCAUAAGGCAGACGUGUCGCUGGCGGGCAACUACACGUGCACAGUCCGCAACGGGCUGGGCUCCGACACACUGAGCGUGGCGGUGCACGUCCGCGCCCCGCCCGCCCCGCCCGCGCCGCGCCUGCGCAGUACUGCGGCGCACGCGCUGCAGCUCAGCUGGGACAAACCGAGCGACGGCGGGGCACACAUACUGGGGUACACGGUGUGGUGGACGCGCGGGGAGAGCGCGGGCGAGGCGCGGGCGCGGCGCGUGCCGGCCGCCGACACGUCGCUGUGGCUGGCGCGGCUGGCGUGCGGCGCCGCGUACCGCGUCACGCUGCAGGCGCACAACGCGCUCGGCGCCUCCACGCACUCCGCGCCGCUCGUCGCGCGCACCAGGGGCGAAAAAGCCAAAGCACCGCUAGGCAAGGAGUUCAUAUGGGCGAACAGUACAUCACUGCGACUGAACCUGCUGGCCUGGGCCGGGCGCUGCCCCGUGGCCGCCUGGGCCCUGGCGCUGCGGCCCGCCGCCGGCGACGCCUGGCAGAAUAUAUUCACAGACGGAGAAACUGGCGAGGUGGGCGGCCUGCAGCCGGGCGCCUGGUACGAGCUGCGAGUGGAGGCGCGCUCCUCCGCCGGCGACACCGUCGCGUUUUACAGAGCGGCCACGCACUCUGCUAAUGGAGAGCGUUUGGGUGAGCCCACUGAGGUUCCGGCAGAGAAACGCAGCGUGGUGAGCGGGGGCGCGGAAAGCGGGGGCGCGGCAGUGGGGGGCGCGCUUUGGCGCUCGGGACUGCUGCCCGCGCUGCUAGCGGGCGUGCUGGCGGCGCUGCUGCUCGCUCUCACUGUAGCGGUGGGUCGGCGGCGCCGCGCGACGUCGUGCCUGCGCCGCGAGCGCUCGCUGCACCAGCUGUGCCAGCCGCACCCCCAGCUCUACACCACGGAACCGAGCAAACGGAAUGGGAAAGCAAUAACUCCACCCGAUGUGAGGAGCGAGAUGCAUGAGAUCAGUCCGUACGCGACAUUCAGCAUGUCGGGAGGCUCGGGCUGCGAGGAGGGCGCGGGGGGCGCGGGGGGCGCCGGGAGCGUGCGGGGCGCAGGCGCGGGCGCCGUCGGCUGCGCGCUGCACCUUCGCACAUUCGGCCGCGCCGAGGCGCUGGACCUGGCCGCGCCCCCGCCGCGCCCCAACCUUCUGGCGCACGCUGCAGAGUACGGGCGGUCACAUGACAGCGACUCGGAGUCGAGCGGCUCGCCGUGCGCCGCGUGCGCCGCCGAGCUAUACCGCCUGCCCGCCGCGCACCUCUCCGAGACGCUGCCGGUGCCGGCGCUGGAGUCGAGUGCGGAGGACACGGUGUACGGGCCGCGCGACACGGCGGCGCCGCGAGAGCGACGUCGUCGCCGCGCGCCCUGCCAACCCUCGCUCAGGUCCGCGGCGGCGCGCGCUCCGCACUGAUGUCCGCGCGACACACGCUGUACAUAUUGUAUUAUAUCAUUAUGUCGUAAGUGAACUUAUCAAGUGCUGGGAUACCGCCUACAAGGCUCAUUUGUGUAAAUAUACUUACAUCUAUCAAUUAUAUUCGUUAACAUAAUAUAUCAUUUUAUUGUUAAUAACAUUGUUAAGGUUUAAUAAACUAGUUCACACCACUAUAAUAUUGUGAGUGUCCCUGUUUAACUGUACAGUACAUACCCUGUACAGAUGUAAUUCUACACUAGACGCCAUAUUAUUAUUAACAAAGUACGAUCUAUAUUUUGUAAGGAAAUGGAAAAAUAAUAAUUUAAGAUUGUUAUUUUAAUUUAUAACCUAGUUUCUGUUCAAUUUUAGAAAGUAAUAGAUUAUUGUUUUAGUUUCCUUGCCUUCAAACACAGCCCAAGUAAAGCACUGGGCGAUAUCAGCGACAUCGGUGCCAAUUUUUGUGCAUAUUAUUUUCAAGAAAAUUUUGGUAAAAUCGACGUCAGUAAAAUAUUUUUUAUACA